UUUCCCUCUACCGAAGCUGUGGUAUAUGCUAUCUUCUCUCUGAAUUUGAAAAUGGAAAUUUAGAGGUGAGUAAUGUUACAGUGCAGAAAGCGCGAUGGAGAAGAGGCUUCGUUCAUCUCUGCAAUCCUCAGCGCAAGAGUUCAUAUCCUUAGCCACAAAGCAAAACCUCAAAUCUUCAAAAUCCUCUCUGAAAACCCUAGUCCAUUCCAUCAGGCUCUCCUCCCCUCUCUGCUCUUCCCUCCCUCCCACUCUCUCCGAUUCCAUCUCCGCCUCACUCCAAUCCUUCCAAAACCUUCUAGAACCCAACUCCGCCGCGAACCUCGGCUCCCCUCGCACCCCUCCCUCCAAGCGCCCCCGCCGCUCUUCCCGCCGCUCCGAACCCCAACCCGAACCCGCCGACGAGAAACAUAAUAUCCUCGCACGCCUUGAAAUUCUCGGCCAUAUCGCGCUGCUGUGCGUUUCGCACCCGAGAAAACCGUUCUCCCUCUACGAUCUGCUUCCCGGCGUUCAGGCGCUGCACGAUAAUUUAAUCGUUUUUGAGUCGGAACCGUCGCUCUCGUCGGCCAUUGAGGGUUUGUGUGAAGAAUGGUGGAAGGAGAACUUGGCCGGAAGGGAAUCGUUGAUUUCGCAGAGCCUCCCUUUUCUUCUGUCGAGGUCGCUGACAUUGAAGAAGAAGGUGGACGUGCACAGGGUCUGCGUGCUUCGCGAGGCGUUCGCUCUGUUCGAUUUCGACGACGAGAGCAUCGAGGAUUUGAAGCUGUUGUUGGUUCGGUGCGUGAUUUCGCCCUUGUAUUUGAAGACGGAGGAUGGGAGGCGGUUUCUGGCAUUUGUGUUUGGGCUGAGCGAUCAGCUUGGGAAGGAAUUUCUGGCGAUGAUUCGAUCGCAAAUUCCGUUCGGGAGGAAGUCGAUGCUGGAGGCUUAUGGGGAUAUUCUGUUUCGGGCGUGGCGAGCUGCGCAAGGGGAUUCGAGGACUGAGAUUGAGAAUGGGUUCUUGCAGGAAAUGAUUGAGGCUGCCAUACACGCUGGUUCCGGAGCUUUUGCUUCGUAUAUUAGGAGGGUUUUGGAAGCUUUUAUUAACCAGAGGACCACCGAUGGGGUUGAGAAAAUGCUUUAUCGACUCGCCGAGCCUGUCAUAUUUAGGUCUCUACAGGUUGCAAACUCAAAUGUUCGUCAAAAUGCUUUGCAUCUACUUCUGGACAUGUUCCCCCUUGAAGAUCCCGAUGCCACAAAAGAGGAGAAAGAUACAUUGCUUGAUAAGCAGUUCUUUUUAUUAGAAAGGCUACUUACAGAUGAUUGUCCGGAAGUGAGAACAAUUGCUGUUGAGGGUUCUUGUCGCGUCCUUCAUCUGUUUUGGGAAGUUAUUCCUUCACCAAUCAUAACAAAGAUGAUAACAAAAAUAGUUGAUGAUAUAUCACAUGAUGGAUGCAAUGAGGUUAGGCUUUCUAUGUUGAAUGGCAUCAUUUAUUUACUUGGCAACCCCCACUCUCACGAAAUUCUUAAGGUGCUGUUGCCAAGACUUCGGCACCUAAUGCUGGACAAGGUCCUAGCAAUACGAGUUGCUGCAGUGGAUCUCUUACUCCAUCUAAAGGAUGUUCGAGAUUUUCAGUUCAACAAGGUGGUGGAGCUAGAUGUGCUAUUGUCUGCGCUUGCAAGUGAUCAACCUCCCGUAGCUCAGAAGAUAACAAAAUUACUUCUACCUUCGUACUUUCCCUCAAAAGUACCUAUUGAGGAGGCAUGUAAUCGCUGUGUUACACUUGUAAAAAGGGCUCCAAUGGCUGGCGCAAGAUUUUGCCAGUUUGCUAUCUUGGAAGGAGCAUCUAAAUCUCAUCUUAUGGAACUGGUCAAAGUAUUUCUGAGUUUGAUUUUGUCACCAGAUAAGCUAGAUGCAAAUCAGAUUGAGGGUUUCCUUGUUGCUACUAGCUAUGUUUGUGAUAGCUUGGCUUGUGAGCCAUGCUAUAUAAAUGCUCUCAAAGAGUUACUCGAUGGAGAGAAAAUGAAAGGUUUACUAACUCUGGCAUCUAAAGGCCAAGCCCAAUCUUCUUUAUUCAACAUUGUUUCCAAUGUCCGUCCAGAUGAUGUUGCUGGAAUUCUUGAAGAAUGCAUGGGUGUUGUCACAAACUGCAGUGGUUUACCCGAGGAUGUUGAUCGACAAACUGAAAUCAGGUCUGCACACAAGUUGUUGCUUUCACUGGGUGGUUUUGAUGACUUGAUUGAAGCCUUAACGGCCUUCUUGCAUAAGGCUGCCUAUCGUUGCCACAUUAAAUUUGGUGUAGACAUGCCAUCUCAUAGUGUUUCAUUUGCUAAAAGAAAGAAAUCUAAGUCCUCUGGAAAAUUUUCAAUUAAAUCAAAGAUAAUUAACAGAAAACAAUCGUUUGAGGAUGAUUAUUUAGUAGCUGUUGGGGUGACAUGGCAAGUUAGAGAUUUGCUUCUGCAAGAAGAUACCAGAAAAGCUAUUUUGGAAUCUCCGAGUUUAGAGAUGUUGUUUGUUUCUCUUAAGGUGAUUUCUGAGGUCAGCAUUGUGCAUUGCGGGCACCACGAAUACAUAGACAUAUGUCCUGUUUUGGCAUAUGUUGCCUUUGCUCUCCAAAUGACUGUUGAUAAUGUUGGCAGAAGUAGCAUACACAACAGUGAUACAAAGAGGAAGAAAACUAAGAUUGAUUCUUCUACAUUAUUGUCAGAGAAUAUCUUGGAGCUGACAAUAGAGCAUGUGCUCAACUGUUUAGAAAAACUAUUUGGAGCUGGUGGCAUCAUGAAAAAUCAUGAUGGGGAUUCAUGUAAUUUGCAGCCUACCAAUAGAACAAAUCAAAAUCAAAAUUCCAGACAAAGGCCGAGACUAUCUCCUACAGAUGCAUGUCGCCCUAGUAACCGUGGAUCUACAUACAGUGAAGCCUUACAAGUAUAUUGUGUGGUAAAGAUGCUUUCUGCUGUUCUCAAGUUCCUGGCUGAUGCAACUGCUAUGUGUUUUGCUCCUCACAACCACGGAUUAUUUUUAAAUUACACAUCAAAAUGUGCGCAACAUAUCAUAUCGUCGUUGGACCAGCUACAUCAUAACCAAAUUCAAUUUAAGGAAGAGGAUAAAAGAAAUAUUAUUUUUUGCCUGAAAGGCUCUUUCACCUAUGCAGCAAAAAUACUCAAUGUGAUACUCACCGAGUCUAGUGGAUCCUCAAUAACUCUACCAAAAACUUUUGCUGUUGCCAAUAACUUGCUUGAUUUAAUAAUUUCAAUUGAAUCAUGUAUGGGCUCAGGGUAUGCAAUGCGUCUUGUUGCAGCAGCAAAGACUUGGCUUCCUGAUGUGCUUCUGGCAUUGGGAUCUACUAGUAUCCUAAAACAUACUGACUGUGGUGAGGAACAUUCAACUGCACCUGAACAAAUGAAGUUGCAUUUUCCAAAAUGGCCAUUGAUUUUAGCCAAGACUGAGCUCUUCAAAGCAAAUGAAGCCGAAGACAAUGAAUCCUCUCGACCAGAAAAAUUCUCAGCGUUCAGCAAGCUUCUGGAAAUGCUGAUUAUAUUACUGAAAAAAAAUCCCAGUAUAAUGGAUGCAGUCGGUGUAAUUUUCAUGGUUUCUUCACUUAUUGGGCUAGAACAGAAGGACUUUGGGCUGGCAUUAGGACUCUUGCGGUUUGUAGGUCUUAAGUUGUUUAAACCUGAUGACCGGGAUUGGGGUGACAUGAUGCUCUCUUGUCUGCAAGAAAUCUUUCCCAAGAUAGAGAGGGGAAUUGCAGAAGAAAAUGACAAAGAUGAGCUGGAGAAAUUAACCUAUGCAAAGGAGUUGAUUGAACCUCUUUGGAUGUAUCAUCUGUAUGAAACUGGAAGGGUUUCCUUGGCUGAUGACUAGAAAAUGUUAUUUCUUGUUUGCUUUUUUGCUCCUUUUGUAAAAGAUGAUUUAUGAAGCCUUUAGAUGCUUGAUGUACAUAUUAUUACAAUUGGCAAAUCAAUAUAGUUUGCCAGCACAUUGCUAUUUUUCUUGAAUUGUACUGAAAAUUUAUAUCCGUA